CGGAUGUGUUUACAUGGCGUCUGUCCGACACCUGUAAGGCUUUUAUUUCCACGCUGAAUGAUGACCGAUGUCUCGGCUGGGUGUCCCGUACCGGAACCGACAGUGGUCGACCCGGCUGCGGGGAACGGGACUGAUGGAGACCGGGAGAUGAACAUCACAGACACGGUGGAGGGACAAGGUCUGUUGGAGAGCAGCAUGCGUUUGAAACCCCAUGAAGCUCAGAGUUACAGAAAGAAGGCAUUGUGGGUGUCAUGGAUCUCCAUCGUGGUGACACUCAUCCUGGCCGUGGCAGCAUUCACGGUAUCCUUCAUGCGACACAGCGCAUCAGCUUUCGGAUUUGCAUUUGAUGCCACAUUAGAUGUGCUGUCGUCCGCCAUCGUGCUCUGGCGCUACAGCAAUGCAGCAGCUGUGCAUUCAGCCCACAGAGAGUACAUAGCCUGUGUGAUACUGGGUGUCAUUUUCAUCCUGUCUUCUAUGUGUAUCCUGGGCAAAGCCAUCCAUGAUUUGGCCAUCAAGUUGCUGCCUGAGGUGGAUGACUUCCUGUUCAGUGUAUCGAUUCUGAGUGGGAUCCUGUGUGUUGCUCUGGCUGUCGUCAAGUUCAUGCUGGGAAGAGUGUUGACCAGCAGAGCUCUAAUCACUGACGGUUUUAACUCAUUGGUCGGAGGCAUCAUGGGCUUCUCUAUUCUAAUCAGCUCUGAGGUGUUUAAACAUAAUCCUACUGUAUGGUAUCUGGAUGGCAGUACUGGGAUUCUGAUUGGCCUCAUCAUUCUAGCUUAUGGAAUGAAGUUGUUAAUUGACAUGAUUCCACGGGUGAGAGAGACGAGAAACUAUGAGCGCUUUGAGUAAGCCAGCAGGGAAAACAAGAGUUCUCACACUUUCACCUCCUAAACCUACACUCCCAUUCACACACACACAAAGACAGUAGCACCAUCUCCAGCUCAGCGGUGGAUACCGGACCAAUGAGCUCCUGAUUCCUUUUUGUGAUUAAGUUUCCUCAAACUUUAAUUUGUUCCCUAAGCAAAUUUUCAAAUAAGGAGAAAGAAAGAAGCAUUGAUGAAUAAGCCUGGGGACACGGUUGUCGAGUUAGUUUCAGGAUAAGAAGCUCUUUUACCCCUUUUUAUCAUUAAGACAUCCGUUCCUCAGUGUGGGAUGUAAUAUAAAUGCUUCCUAAAGACUACAUUUCAUUCAUAUUGCCUGUGGUGUGUGUAGGUUCUUCUGAAAUAUUCUCUAUUCUUUAAUCUUUUCUCAAGGUCAUUCCUCCAGUGUCCCCCCAGCCAGCGCUCUACGCUUAUAAAUCAUUAUAACUGCACUUACACCGAUCAGCCAUAACAUUAAAACCACCUCCUGGUUUCUACACACACUG